AUGUGGCAGUCUUCAAAACAGAAGACUGUAACCACGUCAACGACUGAAGCGGAACUGUUAUCGCUGUCUCAUACAGCGAGGGAGACAAUAGCUCUAUACCGACUGUUCGGUCAGAUACAAUUCGAUCCAGAACACCAGAGCGAUACUUGCUCGCACGAUAGCCAACGAUCGAAACGGUCUCAAUCACCAACGAAAAACUUUCCCUUGUAUGGUCCCGAAGGACGUCGUCUGGUCAGAGCCUCGCUUGGCUUUACGAACGCACAUACGCUACCUCAAGCCCUCCGUCAACUUAUUGGUGAGAUGAGAUGCGUGUCGGCGAAGAAUAGAAUUAUGCCGCAGAGGUUCAAGACAGAGUUGGAGAAGCUUCCUGAGGUGGAAUGUUUCAUGGAACCAUUGUUUGAUUACAUGUUCUAUGAUGACGAAAUGAGCGCUGAAAGUGAAAGACUGGUAAAACGGGCUGGCGCAGAGGAGUUGGUCCGCAGGGCUUCUCGCAUCGCUGAGCGGUCCAGUGACUGCGCCGGCAUGCUAAGCGACGAGGCAGCUUGGAAUGGCCUGGUGCAUACACCGUUGCUGGAGAUGCUGGUUUCUGAUAUGAGAGAUGCCCCGGAACAUAAGAUCUUGGACUUCAUGCCAUGUACCACGACCAAUAUCGACUUUCCAUAUCACAGGUUUGCUGAAAGUGCAAGCCGUGUUGACUAUAUCUUUCGAUUCCAUCCUAAACGCGACUCUACCAUCUUGACUGGGGAUGCACCACUACCAUCGCAACAAGAACCACAGCAAAUACAACCAGACAUAGCGCCAUGCUUCAACUGGACAUCUGACAGGAUGCUACAACAGUACCCCCUAGGCAUCUCCAUCGAAACUAAGCGUCACGGUGGCGACAUAGCCAAAGGCGAACAGCAGCUCGCCAUCUGGCACGCAGCCCAAUGGGAGUUCCUCCGCUCACGCGCUGGUCCUUCUGCCGUCGAUGAACUUGGUUUUCUUCCUGGUAUAGUGGUACAAGGCCACUCGUGGUCACUUGUUAUCACGACCUGGAGUCAAGCUAUAACGACGGUACUGCCGAGUGUGGAGUUUGGUAGUACAGAUUCGACUGUUGGUGUGCUUCAGGUCAUUGCUGGGUUACGGAAACUGAGGGUUUGGUCGAUGGAUACGCUUUGGCCGUGGUAUAAGAGGAACUUGCCUGAGCUACGGAACUCGACUGCUGAUAACUAG